AUGGCUCAACUGCAGAAGCUAGAGACCAAGGCUCCAAUGAAAUCACCAGAGAAGAUCGCAGCUUUCUUCAGGGACAGCUUCACCUCCCUGCCUCAAUUGCUCCCUGACCUUUUCAAGACCGCUGAGAUCGUGGGAGGCGGCCGCAAGGCAGGGCCUGGCUCCGUAAUGCUCUUCCAAUAUUCCCUCCCUGGGUCCCCGUUAAUGAGCGCGAAGAUCAAGUGGGAAUUAGAAGAAGAAGCCAUGGACGACACAGAAGAAGGGAAGAAGUCGUUCACGUUGACGGUGAUAGAAGGGGAGGUGCUGGGGAUAUACAAGAGUUUUGGUCUGAAAAUUGAGAUGGACACGGAAGCUGGACAGUCGGGAUGGGUCAUUCACUAUGAACUGGCGAAUCCGAAUGCUGCCCCUCCUCAUGCCUAUAUUGAAGUCUGGAAGCAGCUUGCUAAAGCCUUGGAUAAAUACUGCUGA